AUGGCUCGUGCUCCUCACAUCCUGAUUGCUGGCGGUGGGUCGCUGGGGAGUAUUUACCCGGGGCUAUCGAUCGCUCGGCAGUUCCAGGAGCGGAUGCCCGGGGCGCGGGUGACAAUCGCGGGCGAUGGCCGUGCGAUUGAACGGCACACCGUGCGUGGGGCGGGGCUUCGAUACUCGACGGUUCCUUCGAGCCGCUUUCCAACGUGCAUGCUCGAGGCGCCGCGGUACGUGCUGCGCAAUGCGGCGGGUUGGUGCGUCGCCCAUUGGCUGUUGCGGGAGCAGGAGAUCGAUCUGGUGAUCUCGCUCGGCGGGCAUGCGGCGGGACCGAUGGUUCGCGCGGCACGGGCGAGCGGCGUCCCCUACGCGAUCGUUGAGCAAGACUGCCUCCCGUACCCGGCGACGCGCGACGCGACUCGCGACGCCAGCGUGGUGUGUCUUGCCCAAGACGAGACCGCCGCGCGGCUGCCGAUGGGCGCGCCGGUGCGUUGGACCGGGCCGGUGGGUCGGCCUGGCUUUGAGGAUGACUUCGGACAUUGCCCUGGCGGACGCCUGCCGAUGGCCGGCGACGACGGGCGGCCGCGGCUCGUGGUGCUCGGCGGUGUGGCGGGCGCGACGUCGCUCAAUGAGUCGAUGCCCGAAGCGAUCAAGCGUCUCGGCGCCGCGGCCGCCAAUUGGCAAGUCGUUCAUCAGACCGGCGACGGCUGGCUCACCGCGACCGAGUCCCGCUACGCGGCCGUCGGCGUCAACGCGCUCGUGGUGACCUACAUCGACGAGCUUGCCCAUCUCGCUCGGUCGUCGGACCUGAUCGUCUGCCGCCCGAGCGGCUCGACGCUCGCCGAGGUGUCGCUCGCCGGAUUGCCGGCGGUGUUCGUGCCCGACUCACGGCGUCGCGACGGGCUGCACGAGGCCAACGCCCAGUUUGCGGCGCUCCGCACGGGCUGCCCGACCGUUAACGAGAACGACGGCGACCUCGCCGCGUCACUCGCCGGCUGCUUGCGGCCGUUGCUCGAGGACGAGGCUCGUCGCGACACGAUCGCCGAGCGGCUGCGAAAAAUGGCCCGCCCCGAAGCGUCGGCCCUGGUCGCGGACGCCGUUUGCGAAGCCCUGGGCGUGCUGGCAGUCGCCGAGCCGCCGCGCCUACGCUUGGCCGUCGUGUUCUUCGUGCCCGUCGUGGUGAACUUUUUUUCUUUGGCUCGAGGUUGGGUGUCCGGCGGCUGGGUCGCUUUGCAAACGGGGAAAGCCACGACCGCCAAACGCGUUCUCCUCGUGGACGACGACGCCGAGAUCAUCGAGUCGCUCCGCCUCGCGCUCGAAGCCAACGGUUACGAGGUCCUCGUGGCCCGCGACGGCAACCAGGGCCUGGCGCUGACCGAGCGCGAGAACCCCGACCUGGUGAUCCUCGACAUGAUGAUGCCCAAGCGGUCGGGCUUCUUGGUGCUCGAGCGCCUGCGCCGCACGCAGGAAGAUUCGCCGCCGGUGAUCAUGAUCACGGCCAACGAGGGGAACCGCCACAAGGCCUACGCCGAGAUGCUCGGUGUGGACGAGUACCUGCGGAAGCCGUUCCCGAUGGACAAGCUGCUCGAGAGCGUGAAGCGGCUGGUGGGCGGUUGA